AUGCCGCAAGCAAAGAAGAAAAGCACCGCAUCCUUGGCCCCAGCGGCCCCAGGUCGUGCCCAAGGCCGACUACGGGGCCUGCUGUCGCCCGCACUGUGCUGCGCCUGUGGCUUGUGCAUGCUGCUGGCUGGCCUGAACGUCACCCUGGUAGGAGCUUUCGCUGCCUCCCUGCCCAGGUACAAUGCGCCACUGGUGGUGGGGCCGGCGCUGCUCGUGCUGGCGCUCGGCUUCUUCGCUGCUUGCUGCGUGUGCAGCCGCCGGGGACCCGUGUCCCGAGCGCGCUCCUUAGCCACGGAGGGCCAGGGCGGCGGGCACGCAAGGGCCGUGGCACUGGAGAUGGAGAGCAGCGAGCGCACCGCGCAGGACACUACCGCCGUGCAGCUCAGUCCUGCCGCUUCAGCUGCGUCCUCUGGCCACUCUAGCCCUGGGCCCGGUCUCUUUGCCCUGAACCCUCCUGCGCCAGCAUCCACGGCCGGCUACUUACCGCGCACCGAAGGGACUCAGCACAACCUCCCUAGGGACCUAGCUGCCUCCUAGUGGGCCAGGAGAAGGGUGGAGGGGUAACGCCAAGGACUGAACACAAGUGGCCUCAUCUGUCCCAUCUCUAGAACUUCCAAAAAGG